AUGGAGGGUCUGAUUCCUUUCGUGUACAGGGCAAUAACUCAGCACAGAAGCGGAAGGGAAGCUGCUCUCAACUCCUGGUUCACCGAUUCCCCUUCGUCGAUGUCCUACAUUCGGCUCCCCGGCGAUUCGGGUCGGUUUCAGGCGUCGGAUCGUCUCCACCUGUUGGGAUCCGAGUGCACUACCUCUGCUACUGCUUCUUCCAAUCUCAAUUCCGCCGGUCAGAUUCUCGUUUCCACCGGGGCGCAAUCGCCCCUCUGCCGCUUAAGUCGCCGCGUGGCUGCCUGA